AUGUCUGGUCCGUUACUCGCUGUUGUCCUGCUGCUCCCUCUUGGGGGUGCCCUCCCGUCCAGGGCCCCGCCCAGACUUUGUCGCCGGUGCUGUGAUGAUCUGGGACAGUCAGAGGGCCCCACGGUGCACAGUGCAACCCCCUACCAGAUGCCUGAAAUUCGAACCUACAUCAAUAUGACCAUCCUGAAAGGGGACAAGGGAGACAGAGGGGACAGGGGGACGCCAGGGAAGGCAGGACAAGACGGACCUCCAGGUGCUCGAGGUCCCAUUGGCUUCAAAGGCAGCAAAGGACAGGCAGGUGCCCCUAGAGAAGCCUGCAAGAUCCAAUAUUCUGCCUUCUCUGUGGGCAGGCGUAAGGCCCUGCACAGCACCGACUACUACCAGCCUCUGGUCUUUGACACCGUCUUUGUUAACCUUGAGGAGCACUUCAACAUGUUCGAGGGCAAGUUCUACUGCGCGGUGCCCGGCGUCUACUUCUUCAACCUCAACGUCCAUACCUGGAACUUGAAGGAGACCUACCUGCACCUGAUGCACAAUGAGCAGAAGGCGGCGAUCGUCUACGCGCAGCCGAGCGACCGCAGCAUCAUGCAGAGCCAGGGAAUCAUGCUUCUGCUGGGGCGGGACGACAAGGUGUGGGCUCGGCUCUACAAGCGCGAGAGGGAGAACGCAGUGUACAGCGACGAUGCGGACGUCUACGUCACUUUCAGUGGGUUCCUCGUCAAGCCUUCCGCUGAGUGAAUCCCCCAAUUGACGCAUAGGUGCCGGACCCCCGACUGUCCUUCGGGGUUCAAAGCAUGGCAGCUCAGUGCUACAUCCUCUCACAAUGCCUGCUCUGAAAAACCCGAACUUGUCAAUGUCGCAGUGCAACAUUUAUUGGUAUCUGUUGCAAGGAGGUAAAAAUAUGCAUGCAGGACAGUUUUCUGAAAAGGUGAAAUUAAGGCGGUCAAGAGAUUAAGAAAUAUACAUGUAUACUGCUUUUUUACCCUUGGGAAAAGUAUGCUUUAUUAAUUGUACAACCACCAGGGAGGAAUGUAGGAAUUAAAUUGCAAAUAUCCUCUGAUAAGGAGGUACUUCUAAGUAAUGCUGUAUUAUAUAGUUACAGUUACAUAUGUAACUGACAGUUUUUAGUUGGGUCCCAGAUGAUAUUUUGCAGGCGCUAUUUAAAAGUCUUUUUCUGCAGUGAAAUGCCGAAUCCAUGCCAUUAAUGUUCUUGAUGGACUGAUUUUUUCACUGCAAAGGGACCUCUGAUUGGCUGGAGGUUCAUUUGCAUAAUAUGAAUGUAACUGUUUAGAGCUGCGUUGCCGUAGCUACGGGGAUGCCAGUGGAUCACGUUCUGCGAGGGACGGAGCGGCCGGAGCGGAAGGGACCACAACCAAGGGUUCGCUUAUGAGACCCAGUUCGAACGGAACGUCCUGUGAGCAAAACCAGCAAGUGUCUCAGGAAACAGCAUGGAGCAGAGAGGCAGCGGCAGGAACAAAAGAAGGUUUUUUUUGCAGCGGCGGUUUCAGUACACGCCCGUCGCGGUGCUCAGCCACAUGGUGCUAACCAAUCAGGAAAGGGUCAGUGGGUCACAUGACCCAGCCCUGAGACAUGGUGCAGAAUUCUGCUGUAGGGGGGGCGCUGCCUGAUCUCCCCAGUGGCCCCUCAUUGGCCACGUAUUGUUCUCCUGCGACAGAGGCCAAAGUUAAGUCAAGCUGCCAGAGACACGUGGUUGGUGUGUCAACCUCAGCCAAUCAAAGAAGCCGGGUGUUACUCUAACUUAUCAGUAGUUACUGUCCUGUUACUUAUUGUUAUUGCCUCUACCUCCACAUACAAAAUGUCACUUCUCCAUUACUAUUUGGAAGCUGGCCAUCUAUUCAUUAAAAUAUUUAAAUGACCCUACUCGUGUUUUUAAUUCAUGUCAUGGAGACUGAAUGAUGUAUUUCUAUAUAUUACUAACUGAGGUUCCAUUGCACAUAAAUGCUAGAAAUGCUCCUAGAUAAUAGUAACUCGGUCUCAGGUACACACUGGUAUCCAUCCAUCCAUCCAUUUUCCAAACCGCUUAUCCUUCUGGGUCACGGGGGGUCCGGAGCCUAUCCCGGAAGCAAUGGGCACGAGGCAGGGAACAGCCCAGGAUGGGGGGCACACUCACACACCAUUCACACACACCACUGCACCACCGUGCUGCCCCACUGGUAUUCAGUUAUCACAAAAUAAUGAAAUCAUGAGAAAAAUAUUCGAAAAAUAAUGCCGAAUCACGAGAGAGUUUAUCAUUUUAGAGUUAUUGUUUUAAUCAGUUUAGUUUCCCAUAAAACGUACUUUCUUGUCUUUCAUGUGUGACAGCAUCUUUGGUGGGCCUUCCUGAUCGUAGUGGCUGAACGCCUGGAGAGAUGAACGAGCCUUUCCUGCCGCAUUAAAAAGCCCGGUUUGGCCCUGGGUCCACUCCGGCAGCUGUGCAGAAGAAGAGCAGGCCGCCUGGGAUUUUCCCUCUGAUGUUCCUGACAUCUGCAGCAGUUCCCAGGCAGCCUAAAGCACGCGGGUCAGACAUGCCCUGCAGGGCAGUUUAUCAAUCCAGCGGGGCUGCCUUUCUGUCUCCUGCAGACUAGGCCGUAAUCUACACAUCAGUUUGACGCCGAUUUCUGCCAGGACCAUAUUAGGGCAGCAUGGGUGGUGCCUCUGGUUUUAAGAUGCCCUGCAGGGGUCCCGCAGUUACUGAAAAUCGCUAAAUAAUUGUUGAGGUAUCUGCAUCCUCUUCGUUAUGAGUGCAGUCCUUUAAGUCAGUGGCUUGUCAGUUGAUGAAAAACACACAGACUGACAUAGCUAUUGGGGAACUAUGGGGUAACUCCUCAGUGUUAAUACAUUUUAAUGUUCCUUUUUUAUAGACAACACCUGAAGAAUUCACAGCUACAACAUUUUGGCCCAGUAUCUACAAUCAGACAGCGUCGCGUCAGAAGCGCUGAAUAAAAACCUGUUGCGGAGCGACACCGAAGAAAAUCUAUCAAAAUAAUAAUCAAGGCGCCCAUUUUAAAUGCCAGGAGAUGCCAGAGCAGAGCUCUGCUGCGUUUUCAAAGCCUGAAUUCGAUCCUAAUUUCAUUUCAGUCUCCAAAUAUACAGAUUUUGUUUUAACAGAGGAUGUGUUGGUUGCUCUAAUUGCAACCAGACUUUGGAUCUUGUUGGUACCGCGGAAGAUGGGGAGAAAAUAGAACAUAGAAAUUCGACACUGAGUAGUUCAUACCGAACCAAACACCAGCACCCCUGUAAUCUCAGACGUUAUGAUUAUCACUAUCAGUAUUUCUGGUCUUCAUUUUUCUAAGGGAAAAGAAUACAUUCAUUUGGAAUGUGCUUCAUACGCGUAUGAGGUACUUUGUGAUGCAAAACUCAAUUGAUGCAUAAUUAUUUGCAUGUAAGUAUAUUUGCGUACAUUUACUUAGCUUUUAUCAAAAGUGAUGUAUAGAAGCAAAGUUAAUAACUAGCUAAAGCAAAUUAUUUUAAAGGCCUUGUACUGUAUGAGGCCCAACACUGACACUAGCAACAGACACAGAAUCCUAAUCCACAGAAUUAAACAUUGGCCCACAUGCUCGAAUCCAUAAUUCCGAUCAUUCAUUUUGAGGAAAAGAGCUCGGCAUUAAGUAGCUGCCAUGCAUCAUGGAAGGACUGGCACACUGG